ACUCUAGCGUUCCCGGUUCUUGCGGUUGCGCUUGGUAUAUAGUUCUUCUGUCCCCUUUGGAACAGCCCUUCCUCGCACCGGACCCUCCUCCCAUGUUCGAAAGAUCGUGAAUCAAUAAUCCAUAUCCGACUCGAAAUCGACAUCACAUUCUCCGGGGACACGAUGGCUCCGGCUCCAGAAAUGAAUGCCCGGGCGAAUCCCGAAGGCCUACACACAUCAGAGCCCGUCGGAGGAACGGUGAUGAGCGUCAUCAUCUGCCUGGUCUCACUCAGUAUCAUCUCCGGGUUUUUCGUUCAAAGAGGCACAGUAUUGAGAAACUGGAGGAGGAUACCUUUCGUGGUCUGGCUCGUGCUCGCCGUUUAUAUCGAUUCGUACCUCUUCGUCUUCGUCACAGCGGUUCUCCAAUUCGCUCUCGGUGUCAACAAGAACGUACAAAUUUGCGACGGUGCAAUCCUACUAUGCCUAGUUUGCUAUCUUUCGACAAAAGUCUUGAUCUAUCUCUUCCUUGUCGAGAAAGCACACAUUAUCAGAGGAGCAACGAAACCGAGACUGCAGUCCAAGCUUUACCUGUUCAACUCGUUUGGCAUGCUUGGCGUCUACGCAGUCAUUGCUAUUCUCAACUUUAUCUUCCGAAUUACACGAAUUGACGACGGACAAUGCUACAUCGGGAUGCAAAAGGUCUCGAUGAUUCCUCUCAUCUCCUUUGACGCCGUCGUCAACGUUUACCUUACCAUUCUCUUCCUCAUUCCUCUCAAGAGUCUUUACUCAUUCAAGCAUUUCCCCAAAACACCUGCAAACAUCCGACUUAGAAGCGUCGCCCUCCGCACUUUUGUCGGUGCCCUGUGCACGCUUACCAGCAGCAUUGUUAACUUGACCGUACUCAUGGUCCUCAACGGUGAGCCCGGUUGGGUCUGCCUAAUGUGCUGCAACAGCGACAUCCUUUUCUCUGCCAUUGUUGUACAGUGGGUUACUUCGAAGGAUAACCAAGCCACCAUCGGCUCGUCAAGCGGUAAUUCCCGAGGCGAGCCGUUCGUUGAAGACUUCCGCCGUCCGGACGGCGCUCCCUACUCGCCCCACAUCGCACCAAGCCAGAAGCACGUCAUGGGCGAUGUUGGCGAGAUUUCGCUGGACAGCCGACGCUCCAACUCUGCCACCAGCGACGACAAGAUUUCGUCAGAGGGAGAACGUACGCGCAGGACAUCAUCGGCCGGGUCGGUGCCUGUGAGCGGUGUCUACGUAACAACCACGAUCAAGCGAGAGUCGAAGCCGACGCCAGCCGUGUUCGAGGAGAUGGAUAUUGAAGAAGGGUACGCGGAGUCGAACAGGUCAACUCGACCGAUCAGCGGGCGCGAUUCGGACUUUGACAAAUACGCCGCUGGCUCACGAACGAAAAUCACGGCCGGAAAGCGCUAAUGAUAGGAGGGGGGGUUUUACUAUCACAAGGGCGAAACCAACUGCAUUCUUCUAGGCGGCAUCACUUUCCAUUCCGACCUUCAUGGCGCGAUUAGGGGAACAAGAACCUCAUGAACAACAUCGUUGGGGCGUAACUACGGCUUUGCUUUUUCUGGGCUUGGACUGCCUCCUUAUUGGGGGGUA